UUCUUUUUCUCUCUUUUUUUUUUUUUUUGUUCUCUCUUUUUUUUUUUAAAAUAUAAAAGAAAAUGGAUCAACUUUCUUCUUUUUUUUUAUCACCUAGUUUAUCAAAGGUAGGAGCAAGAGAUGCACCUGCGAUUGUAGCCAUUUCGAAGCAUGAAAAACAAACGAUUGGCUGUAUUCCUCUUUUAUUAUCUCCACCCACUCAAAUCAGAAGUUUACGAGAUUUAUUCAAUGUCGUUUUCAAUCAUGAGUUUCUACGAUUCCUUAUGAUUUUGCUCUGGUUGAUCUUUGCUGGUUUUGUCGAGACAUUUAUGGCUCAAUUGAGUGAUAUGAGAUACAAUGUCGGUCCUCCUAUUAGUAAACACCCCUUAAAAGACCUAUUGCACGAUGCAUUUCCUCUAGUAGCUGACACUCAAAUUGUAAACUAUUUAUUGACAAUUGUCUUGAUCUACACGGUGGUUGGUUUUGCUUUUCAAUCUCCCGACUGGACAACACGUUACAUCAUCCUUAGGCGUUGGGCAUUUAUCAUGGGCUUCAUUUACAUCUUUCGAGGCAUCACUUUACUCGUCACUACCUUACCUUCUUCUCUCAUUGAUGAAUGCAAACCUCCUCAAAUCGAAUUAACAGGCACUGUCGGAGAACGAUUCGGGUUUAUUACCCAAGUCAUUGGUGGUACCGCCUUAACUUGUACUGACAACAUCUUUUCAGGACACACUUCUCUUAUGAUGUCCUGCUGUAUGAUCUGGAGAGUACAUUCAAGAUUACGCCGUGUCUUUAGUUGGAUUAUCUAUCUCGUUGCUACGGCUGGUAUUCUCAUGAUCUUGUUUACUCGUUUUCAUUAUACCGUCGAUGUUGUUCUUGCCAUCUAUAUCACCUAUACUGCAUGGGACACAUAUUUAAACUAUGUACAAGAAGCUUCGAUGCGCUACAUGUUUGGUUUUACACGCGACUCUACCUUUGAUCUGUUUCAAAGCCAGCUCCCUUUGGCAGAUGCCACACGCACUUAUCAAUACCUGAACUGGCAACCUCACCCGCUUGGUAAAAAGUGGUUAAUGUGGGUCAUCAUGUAUGUAGACGGACUAGAUAUUAGACUUCGUGGUAUUCGUGUCUUUGAUGAGCAUGGUAUUUGGCAAAGUCAAAAACCUGCUAGUAUGGCUGAGAAAAAGCUUCAAGUGCAAAAUAACAUGGUUUAGAUUUGUUUUUUUUUUUUUAUUAUUCCCCCCUUUCCCCCCCCCCUUUAAUCUUAUUUGUAGUCACACAAAAACUUAAUUCAUAAUAAUCAUAAUAAUAAUAAUAAUAAUAAUACACACACACACAUAUACAUACACAUACACAUACACAGAUAUACAGUUUAUUUUAAAUACAUGUAAAUGGAGUGUCACCUUGGG